AUGUCCGAUGCCUCUGAACUUUGGGAUGACAACGAGGUUGAUUGGCAGGAACUCUCCUUGGCAGUACAAGAACCUGUGGCGUCGGAGGCUUUGACAGCACCUGUGGAACCUUCAACUCCUGGUGGUUCAAACGGCCCUGGCGUGACGCUUGUUACAGAACCUACGCUAGUUGCUGAAUCCAGCUUUUUGUCAGCACCAAUCAUUACUGGGUCUACGACGCUUCUGGGUACAGGGACGGUGGUCGCAACCGCCUCAACGUCGCGUUCAGAGGAGCGAACUCAAGAUGAACAAGAAAGAUCAUCGAGUGGACAUAAUUUAUCUCAUUCCAGCUUCUCAGUAGCCGAAUCUCGCAAGACGAGCAUGAGCAACGAAGAAAAGGAGAGCCGGAAGCGUUCCAUUCAAGCUGCCUUCGAGGGACUGUCAAGUGAUGAUGAUUUGCCUCCCAAGUCGACCAAACGCCAGAGGCAGGGCAGUCCGACCGAAUGUAAACCUGAUAACGACUCGGAAGAUAUUACUCCAUCUCAGGGUGUCAGGAUUCGUAGCGCAUUGAGUGCUUAUGACGACGACUUGAGUUGUCCGAUAUGCCUAGAACUCUUCUUGUCUCCUCAACUUCUCAACCCAUGCGGUCAUAGUGUCUGUGGCGACUGUGUGCUGCUCUGGGUCGAGAAAAAUCCUUCUCACGUAACGUGCCCGACGUGCCGUGCCAAUCUUGUCCAAGGGUCAAUAUAUAUCCCAAACUUUGCGAUUGAAACUACUGUAAACAAGCACAUCGAGGUCCUCCGAUCGAACAAAGUAGAGGACUGGAUGGAUGGCGGUGGUAAAUGGAAGGAACGAGAGAUACGAAAGAAGACCUAUCAGAUUAUGAAAGCGACGAGACCUGAACCCGUCAGAAACGCUCGAAGCCACAGAUCACACUCGCGCAACUUGGAGCGUGUGAUAUUUGUACCUGUGCCUACCGACUAUUAUCGACCUCUACGAAGACCUGCUCAGCAACAGAGAGCAAGACAGGGUGAAGGCGGUGGAACGCAUAGCUCUCCUGUACAGAUUAUUGAUUCAGACGACGAAGAAGAAGACGAAGAUUCGGACGACUAA